UAUACCGUUUAAAUAUAUUCGAAUAUUAAAAUAGUACAGCCGUGUGGCUAUACUUUAUUCCAGUAUUUAAAAAGUAGAGCCGUCCGGCUAUACCAUUUAAAUAUAUUUAAAUAGAAUUAGCGCUCAAAGAAAUAAAAAAAUCAACCAAGAAUUAAAAAUUAAAAAGAAGUGGAAAAGCCCUGCUUUCCCUGGAUUUGAGUUUUGCUUCGAUUCCUACACUCUGAACUUUCCCUCUCUGCAUGGGUCAAGCUAAGGCUAGGGUUUUCUCUGAUCGGCGCUAUCCAUCUCCAUCUCCACGGAACUUCACUGUAAGUUCCCUUGUUUUUUUUCAGAAACUUUCACUUUUCAUUUUCUGAAAUCUUCACGGUUCAAUGUAUUUAUUGAUUAUUAUUUCAAAAUCGAGACACACUCAUAGAUAUGCUAUGCUUUGCUUUUAGAGUAUUCCGUUUGGUUUCCGAUAAAUUGGAAUAGAAAGUGAAGUAUGAAGCGGGUUUUGUGUGUUGCUUUGGUCUCCAAAGAUGGAGAUCAAAGAAGUAGUCAUUGAGGGUGGAUGAUGAUGGUGACAUUGAAAUUUUUUCCGCCAAUUGGAACAACAAGAAUCCAACUGAUCGCCUUUUUAUUGUCUCUUGCCUUAUCGCUGCUCUAGUUGGAAUUUUUUACUAUAGCCUACUCCGCAUUCCAAUGGAGGAGAAAUAUCAAUCUAAAUUGGAUGAAAGCAAUAGCCAGGUCAAAGAAAAAUCCAAAGGUUAUUGUGGUACCUUUGCUUGAUGGCAUGCUGGGAGCAAUCUUACCCACUCGUACUUGGUUUGGAGUUCUCAUGUCUGCUCUUGGGGUUGCUAUGCUGGAAUGCAGUGGAUCACCUCCAAAUGUUGGUGAUCUUUUGAACUUCUUGAGUGCAAUAUUUUUUGGAAUUCACAUGCUUCGAACAGAGCAUAUUUCAAGAAGCACAAAGAAAGAAAGCCUCGUAGCAAUUCUUGGAUAUGAGGUUUGUGUUGUUGCUCUCUUAUCCACAAUCUGGGUUUUCAUUGGAGGGUGGUUAGAUGGUGCCCGCUAUUCCAACAAAUCGUCAUGGAUAUGGACAUGGACAGAGCUAUGGGACUGUAUUGUUGCAUUUCCAUGGAUACCUGCACUUUAUACUGGUGCAUUUUUCAACUGGGUUAUGCUUAUGGAUUGAAGUAUAGUUCCUCAGAUUGCACCUAUGCAUAAUGUUUCAGCGACAGAAACAGCCAUAAUUUACGGGGAUGGAGCCAGUGUGGUUUCUACUUGGUGAAAGGCGGGGUACACUUGGACGGAUAGGGGCUGCUAUUGAGCUUGGUGGAAGCUUAGGGGUGCAGAUAUUUGGGUCCUCACCUCCCCAAGAAUUUACAGUGGCUGAAGAUGGUAAUGAUAAAGGUGAUCUCCGAUGACUUCCCACUGAGCAUAAAUUACAAAAUGGUCUCUCUACUUCCCCGAUUGUUGCCAGAUCCAAAAAGGAUGUCACAGGUUUUUAAAAAUGAUCCCUCCAUAUGUAUAUAUACAUAUAUAUAUAGCUACACGCUUGAAAUUAGCCAACUUAUAAUGUACAGAGAAAAAUUAUCAAUAAUUUUACGUCUUGAUUACCAUCUCCAAUGGAAACAUUUCUG